AUGAAAAAGUCCUCAAACACAGCAGUUACUGGUGCUCCAAAAUCAGAUAGUCAGCUCUCAGAAAAAAGCCACAAGACACAAUCGGCACGUGCUGCAAAGAUAAAGGCAAGAAAAGAAAAUAUUUCAGCAAAAAUAAUACAGAAGGCCUGGUUCAUUUAUGCGGACAAAACAUUGUUUAAACUCCUAAAACACACAGUUUGUGCAGCGGAAUAUUGUGUGGCACACGAACUGCUGACGAGAGUGAGCCCCGUAGAGGCUGCACUUGUUAAAGAUCCUAGCAUGAAGUGUAAAGUCAGAUUCAGAUUUGGUGGUGAAACGUUUCCACCUUUUAUCGUGUUCAAAAUUUUUUUUAAAAACGAUGGCCAUGGUUACAAGUAUUUCAGUGGGAAAGAUUUACUAAAGCCGUCAAGUAAGGCAGUGACUGAUGCUUACAAGAUAAUGGGGGAAAGAAAAUUUUAUCAACAAAUUAUGGAAGAUGAGCACCUUUUCCAGAAAUUCAAAAUAGCUGAUCGUAUGGAUGUUGUCACAGUGAAAGAUUACAUGCAAUACUGCAGUCUUCUGGAUGAUACCCCUGCAUCAUCUGGCGGCAAGAAUAACCAGUGGCGAAGAUUAAACCUCGGAAGCAUUCCCAAGACAAUGAUGAUGUACGACAUCAUUGAUUACGCAGAGUCCGGAGUCAUCUCGAACCGUUUACAAAAAGAAAUGAAAUAUUUGGUGCAGAAGCCACUAACAGAGGCGAUGCGCCAGCACCAGCUAGAGGUUGUUUCUAAAGUUAGGUGCCCAUGCAUUACAACCAUCCGUCCUUUUUACCAGCCUUGGGAAGAGCAAGGUAAAGCGAAACAUCUAGGCCGUCGAUCCAAGCAGGCACAAAAGAAGGUUGAAAAAAUGAAAAAAGCCUAUAUGGCAGCUAAACAAGACAAGGCUUCCCCCAAGGAAGCACAGGCAGACAGGUUCGAAGGGAAGGAGAGGAAGGUCAUCUUCAGCAGCCCGUCUUUUGAAAUCCUGGCAAUUGAAGACUCCUCAUCAGACACCGAACUGGAUAAAGAAGAAAGGGAACUCUUUGCCUGGUAUCAAGACCUGUAUGUUAAACAGUCUUCAUUGUUUUGA